AUGUAUUUAUUAAACUAGAGAAAAAAGGUAUUUAACCAAUUAAUUUUUAGUCUAAAUAAAAGAACAAAAAUGUUAUGAUAGAUACAAUGAUUUUUUGCUAUAUUAAUGAGAAUUUGGCUACAAUUAAUUGA